AUGCGGCGAAUGGCCUGGAACGCAACCUUGGCUAACGGCGCCUCAACCUACGCCAACACUUGCCCCGGCCUGAAGCAUUCCGGAGCCGCUGGAGUUGGCGAGAAUCUGUACAUCAUCUGGGGCGGGAAGCUGGCAGGACUUGUAACGCUUGGUCCAACGAAGUUCUACACGUACGGACCGGUUGGGUAUACCUUCUCGUCGAAUACUGGACAUGCUACUCAGAUGGCCUGGGCGACUACUACCACGGUUGGGUGUGGAUAUCAGUACUGCACUGGCGACAAAUCGUACUUUGUUGUCUGCCGUUAUUGGCCACCGGGCAACUAUGUCGGCCAAAAAGCCUACGCCCAGGGCACGACUUGCUCGAAGUGUCCAGCCGGCACGAAAUGCGUUGCUGCCAGUGGAUUGUGCGCA